AUGUCACACCCACAAGAUAUUCAUCCUUUUGCCCAAGUGGACAAUGAGGAAUACAACAUGCUGAUCAGUGAGCUAAACAGGCAAGUAGUUGAACAUCAGCCUGAAGAUCUAUUGCAGUUUUGUACCACCUUUUUCUUGAAGAAAUUGGAGGACGAACGCGCUGAAUCUCGCCAAUAUGACCAACACCCUCUUGCUACAAGUCAACAGCAUCAAAGCCUGGGCCCCGAUUUCCACCCAUCUCUUGACGAAGACAUGCAUGACGACGAAGAGCGAGACACAAUUUCCGAUGAUAUGCCAUCCUUAUCCGUCCCACCUCCCAGUCGAGGUCGCCGCACCUCUGUGAGCGCUGAAUCGAUGCAACCCUCUCACAACCAAGAAGAUUUUGUCAAGGUUGUGAUCCCAAAAAGCGAUGACCAACGUGCCCGCAUUCGCAAUGCUAUUGUCAACAACUUUUUGUUCAAGAAUUUGGAUGAAGAACAAUACACAGAUGUCGUCAAUGCAAUGGUGGAGAAGAGAGAGCCUGUCAAUACACAUGUUAUCGAACAGGGCGCUGUUGGCGACUACUUUUACAUUGUCGAAUCCGGCAAUUUAGACUGUUUCAUCAAUGGAAAAAAGGUAACUUCCUACGGCCCUGGUGGUAGCUUUGGUGAACUGGCCUUGAUGUACAAUGCUCCCCGUGCUGCCUCCAUCAUUGCUGUUACCGAUUGCGUCCUGUAUGCAUUGGAUCGUGUCACUUUCCGUUCCAUUCUAAUGGAAAACACUGCGCGUAAGAGACGUAUGUAUGAGCGAUUCUUGGAGGAAGUUCCUAUUUUCAAGUCCUUGGAGAUUUAUGAACGCCACAAGAUUGCCGAUGCUCUGGAAUCCGUUAACUUUAACGACAAGGAAAUUGUGAUCAACGAGGGCGACUCUGGAGAUAACUUUUACCUGAUCGAAAGCGGCGAAGCCACUUUUUACAAAAAACUGCCUGAUGGUACUCAGCAAGAAGUGAUGGUGGGCAAGAAGGGCGAUUAUUUUGGUGAACUUGCUCUUUUGAAUGAUGAGCCUCGUGCUGCCACUGUGAUUGCUCGUGGUCGUCUCAAGUGUGCUACACUUGGCAAGAAGGCAUUUACCAGAUUGUUAGGACCUGUCAUGGAUAUCUUGAAGCGUAAUUCCGAGAAUUAUCAUGCUGUACUCCAACAAGUCAAUCAAUAA